AUGAAUGCAUUCAAGGCUUAUAAAGCAUGUGUCCCCGUUGCAUGGAGUCCCAACUUGUACAUAACCUUGGUGAGGGGCAUUCCUAGAACCAGGAGACUUCACAGGCGUACAUUGGAAGCGUUGAGAGUUCGCAAGUGUAAUCUAACUGUGAUGAGAUGGAAUACUCCAACUGUAAGAGGAAUGCUUCAACAGGUUAAGAGAUUGGUUGUGAUUGAGACUGAGGAGAUGUAUAAAGCCCGGAAGGAAAAAGGAACCUAG